UUUAAUAGCUGUUUGACAUUUCUGCUAACGUCAAACCGGCAGCAUGCAAACCGCACAUUUCAACGUCCGUCUUUCUAAACUGCAAUAAUAAACAAACUAUAACGAGAAAAAUAAGUCUAUAAAAUGGAUUCCUUAAUAUCAGAUACAAAUGGUUUAACUAUUACAAAAGAUUUAAAAUUGCGGCCUAUGAAAUGUGAAGCAUACACACUCUCGAAUAGUGAUAGUUCUGUUACAUAUUCACAAGGUAUGACAUGUGUUGUGGCGGCAUGUUCUGGUCCUAUGGAGUGCAAACUUCAACAUAUGAAUGGUGAAAAUGCUUACGUUGAAUGCAUUUAUCGACCCAAAGCUGGUGUGGCUACAAUUCACCAUAAAUUGUUUGAAGGGAUAAUAAAAGAUACAGUGAUCGCAACGUUUUAUACCAACAAAUUGUGUCGCGCAAAGUUCUCAGUACAAGUGCAAGAAGUGGAAGAUAGAAGUGGUUUAUUCGCUUGUGCGCUCAAUGCGGUUUCCUUGGCAAUGCUUAUGAAUGGUGCGUCUAUGAGAUAUGUAUUUACGGCAGUACAUUGCAUUUUGGAUGCAAAACAGCGUCUAAUACUGGACCCUGAUUUAACAGAGUCAAAAAAUAAACUUGCCACUUUUACAUUUGCGUUUGAAAAUGUGCAAAGAAAAGUUGUCACGGUUUAUGCCAAUGGCAGCUACACUCGUGCACAAUUUAAUGAUGCUGAGCUGCUAUGUCGAGCAGCCAGCUUUGAGGUUUUAGACUAUUUUCGUGCCUUUAUAACACCUUUGUACAAUGUAAUACGCAAGAACGUGGGAGUCGUGGCGCUGGAUUAUAGAUCAAGUGAAGAAGAUGACACAAAAGCAGAAAAUGCUAGUAAAAAUGAGAAAGAUUGAAAAGUUAAUUUUAAUAAGUAUUUUUAAUUAGAAUAAAAAAAAUUGCGUAAGAAA